AUGUCUAAAAGGAGUAUUAAGAAAGUGUUAGAUGUUUCCCAGAUGCCUGAUUUCUCACGGUAUUCUCCAACGAAGUCCAUCAACGAACUUGCUCCAUAUAUUUCCAAGACCUUGAGUGCGUAUCCUUCAGAGUCCAAGUACAUCAACCAACAACAUUACUAUCAUAAUGAAAAUGUGUUGGUUGAAAAGUAUUUGCCUAAGCAACCACAUCCAAUGUCGUUGAAGCAAUUGGCGCAGUAUUACGAUGACUCAAGCAAAUUAACAAGGCAAAAAAUUUUAAACUCGGGAAAGUUUGUCAAGGAAGAGCUGUGCGUCCGUAUUGCGCACAAGAUAAACCGUCUACAGAAUCUACCAUUCAACUUGGUGAAUAACUUCCAUUUUAACCAAGUGUAUGAGUCCUACUAUAACAUUUUUGAAAGGUUCAGGAAAUUCCCGGAAAUCAAAGAUGAGGAGACAAAUCUACAGUUUGCGAAGUUUUUGCAUGCGAUCCUAUCUGAUUUCAACUCGUUGAACUUGCCGCAUUUGAUCAUGGGCGCUUUGGAGUCCUGUAUACUGGACCUCUACCCUCAGGACAAGAUGGACCAACUCAUUUCAGAAUUAUUGAGAGCGCGUAUUAGUCGAAGGUUAAUUGUGGAAGAGCACUUGAGUAUGACGUCUAACUACUUGAGCGGUAGGAAGGAGAAUAUGCUAGUCUUGGGUGAUAUUUUUCAGAAAUGUAGCGCAAAGGCAUAUUUGCACGACGCCAGAACUAUGUGUGAAGCGUACAUGAAGAACAUGUAUUUUGAUGGUAUCAAGAUGCCCCAGUUGAUUCUCCACGGUGACACGGACUUGGAAUUCUAUUUCCUACCGUCGCACCUCAAAUUCCUUCUAGGAGAGAUAUUACGGAAUAAAUACGAGGCAACGGUGAAAGAGACAAUUCGUUUGGGGCUCGAUGAAGCUCCUCCAAUCGUCGUAACAAUCAUCGAAAAUGAUCAGAGCUAUCUUUUCAGAAUCAGUGAUCGUGCUGGAGGCGUUCCCUAUCCAGAUAAGCUGAUAUGGUCCUUUGGGAAGUCACAAGAGCUGGCGACGCAAUCGCUAGCAAACUUCCACCAUCUACCGGGGCUUCAGAGAGAGUCAUUGUACGAUUCUUCUUCACAGGUUAUGGAACGCUACACACAAACGUCACUAGAUCACAUGACAGAGACUAACUUGAAAAAGGGUAGGUUUAAAUUCGAGAAACCGUUGAUUGAUCUUCUCCAACGUUCGCCAAGAUACAAACUCGGCAUUGGCCUUGCAUUGUGUAAGGUGUACGCCGAGUAUUGGAAUGGUGAUUUAACCGUUCAUUCGAUCCAGGGCUACGGGACUGACACUGUCUUAAAGUUGGGUAACUUAAUGACCAACACUGACAGGCUCCAAUUAGAUAGGGUAUAG